GGGUGGGGACUCUUUUUUUUUUUUUUUUCUCAGGCACUAAGUAACAUCACGUGCUGAUCUGCCAGUAGGGGGAUGCAAUUCACACAUGUGCACAGCGGGAACGGGUGAUGACAUGGAUGGUGUGCGUUGUGCAGGACUAUUCCAUCGGAUAUACAUACCGGAUACACAUCGACACAUGGACAUCGUUUUAUACCCAUGCCUUCGAUAGACAGUGGGUGCGUGUAUGUAAUCGCUGCAGUCGACACUAGGAGAUUAUCAUAUUGCCCCGAGACAUUGUUGACCCCUGCACCCCCGAUAGUCAGAUUGUCGUUUAUGCUCCGAGUUCCUGAACGAACUUUGCCACGCACGGCCCUGGUUUCGCACUUGGACCGAUCCUACUCCCAUUCUACUCCAUGCAAUUAGCCUCCUGUGCAAUCUCAUUAUUCGUUCUUCACUUCGAUGCUUGCUUCGACUCUAUAAUCCUUCCACUAGUGUAUUUAUCUACCCCAACCGUUAGACUACAGCAAGCUUGUCCACCAGAGGUGUACACCAUGAAGCGACACAAGGAACCAAACAAGCAUGCAAGCAUGCAAGUAUGCAAACCUGCAAGGAUGAGAAGAGAGAGCGUUUUCUCCUUCACGCUCUCGCAGCAUGCGCUCCUGAUGUUCUUCUCCUAGACUAUGCCUAACUUGAGCUAUCCAUAUAUUAUAUCUGCUUUUUUGUCCACAGAUGGGAGAUAGUGCUCCGUUUUUUUUUUUUUUUUUUUUU